ACUACAUUUCCAGCUAAUCAGAAGCGCGCAGUUGCAGAAAGGAGAGCGGUUGCCAAGGCAGCCACCAAUCUCCCCUCCCCCUUCUCCCUCCGUUCCCCUUUCCCGUUUAUUAUCGGCAGAGGUCGCAUGGCAGAGGGAAGUCCAACCACUUCUGUACUGGAACCAAUGCAAGAAUAUGCACCUCCAUAACAAAGCCUGUAUGGAGUCCUGAGAGCAGUGGGAAAACAGAGGCUGCACAUUUAUAGGCUACCGUUCAGCCGUAAAAAAAAAAUUAUAUACUAAUAAGAGAGGAUCUAAGUUGGAGGUUUGCUUUUAUUUGUUCAGGAACAAGGGGAUAGUUUUGCCAACACGUGCGUAUCCAUGAAAUUUCUACUCUCCGUUUUGAGUGAGUGAGUGAGUGUUUCGCAUCCCGGUGCGGGGCUCUCUGUGGAGGACUGCGCAUCACCAGAGUUGGUGCCGAAGUUCGGCCGCGAACGGAUGUGAGGGAAGAGUGUACCGAGUAAAACUCCCCCACUUCUUUUUUUUUUUUUCUCGGUCUCUCCUGCUUUGGCGUUGUGUUUGCUGAGACAAUAGUGAGUCAAAGACGCUGAAAGUGAUUUCAUGCCUUCAGUCUCGCAGAGCCUGAGAUGGACGUGAGAUUUUAUCCUGCGCCCCCGGCAAAUGUGGGUUCAUGCUCCCUACCGACUGAUCCAAGUUGUCUGAGCUCGUUGGACUAUUACCACUCGAACAAGGCCCGGUACAGUGUGGGUGAACGAGCGGUUAGGCUCCACACUGCCCCCCCUCCAGGCAUCAAUCCAGCUAGGAAAAGACUGCCCACUGCUGUGUUUGAUGGUGACAACAUGUACAUGAAUGACAAUAACCAAGAGUUUCGGUCACCAAACCAGAGCUACUCCAGUCAGGGCAGAGGCAGCAGUGGCGGAGGCGGAGGAGGAGCAGGGGAUGAAGACUACGAGAUCCCCCCCAUCACACCCCCGAACCACGCCGACCCAUCUCUGCUGCACCUCAUGGAGCACGAGUCAGGUUACCCCUUCCAUUCCCUGCCUCACAACGGCCUGCUCAACACCUAUUCCUACCCUGAGCUGCCCGCCCUCAUGAUGUCCAACAUGCUGGGUCAGGACACCCACCUCCUCUCAGGGCCUAUGCACUCAAUAAGCAGUGAGAAGCGGCCCUCAGCAGAAAUGAUGAAGCCGAAACCCAAACCUCAAAAGAAGAAGAAGAAGAAGGACCCCAAUGAGCCGCAGAAACCCGUGUCAGCCUACGCACUCUUUUUCAGAGACACCCAGGCGGCCAUCAAGGGCCAAAACCCCAACGCCACCUUUGGGGACGUCUCCAAGAUCGUGGCCUCCAUGUGGGACAGCCUAGGAGAGGAACAGAAGCAGGGGUACAAGAGGAAAACCGAGGCAGCUAAGAAGGAGUACCUGAAAGCCUUGGCCGCGUACCGAGCCAGUCUGGUUUCCAAGACAUACAAUGACCCUGAACCAAAAAGUGCCCAGCAGACCAGCCAGUCCCCUCACAUGCUGCCCCCAAAGCAGCCCCUGUACAGCGUGCCCCCCCAGCCCUCCUCACCCUACCUGGGCCCGCCAGGCUCCUUCCCUCUGUCGGACCUCCAGAGCUACGCCGGGCCGCCCCGUCACACCCUGGCCCAGACCCUCAGCCAAUCCCAGAUGCUGCCGCCCAGCAUGAGUGCCUCUCCCCCAGCUCCAUUCCAGAUCAGCCCGCCCCUGCACCCCCAUGCCCAGCUCUCCCUGCACCAGAGCUCCCUGCUCAACCAGCCAAUCCGCAUGCAGCAGUCGCAGCCAAUCAUCUCACACCAAAUGGGGCUCCAGGCACCUCUGCAUUCUCCUCCUCUCAGCCAACAGGGAUUCUCCCAUAUUCAGGCUGAUUACCAGAACAGUGUCGGGGGCUCACAGUCUCCAGGGGCCCCUAACCCAGUACACAGCCAGAACCCCGAUUGGGACAGUGAGUACUGCAACAGGGACUGUGGACCCAACCACUGCGGCAGUGGCAUGGGACCCCGGGACAAGCCUCUCUACCUCACUUGAAGUUGUAAGACCUCCAAAUGUCAGACUCCAGGGAGCUUUCCAACAUAAACAACAACGUCAUUGAUGUAUCUGCUUCAAUACCAUUUUGUUUUUCUUUUUUUUCUGAUGGAUUUCAGAAAUCCCAAAGACUGCUACAGUAACUUCACCUAUUUGCCAAGCACUUAGAUCGGCCAGAAGCCUGAGGCACUUCUCUUGCUUUUUUUUUUUCCUCCUUAUCAGUGAACUUUCCAUUUUUUUGCAGGGGCAGUGAGCUUUAAGCUCAUUGCCAUCAUACUGGAAUUGAAGACCAAAAAAUAAAAAAAAGUCUUCUCAUCUUGUUUUGAUUUUUUUAAAGAUGCUUUUCUUUCCUCUUCACUCCAUAACUCUGUGUUUGCCAUGGACUGCCCUUAUUGGGGAGAUGAAAUGCUCUAAGCAUACUCAAAGUGUAGGGGUCUUGUGUAGAAAAGCUAAUGCAGGAAACUAGGAUAUAAUAAAACCUCAGCAGGGGUGGAUAUACUUCAGGACAGACUGAAACACCCUGACUGAAUAAAAGCAAAGCAAAAUUUUUAUGAAGAUAGUCACAAACACAUAAGACAUUUGUAAAUCAUCCUCGCCCCUAGUAAAGGACUCCCUCAUUUCCUUUAUUUGUCACAGAGUGAUUGUAAAUAUCACCAAAAUGGAUCCCUCUUAAGUGUGUGUUUAGCUGCAGUCCCUUGCUUUUUUUUUAAACAUUUUUUUUUUGUUUGGUUAUGUGAUUUUUGUGCAGGCGGAUUCAGUGAGGGAAGACACACACUAAAACUUGUAUUAAAACUGUGUUCACUGGUCUUGUUUCUCUCCAAAGGAGAGGGAAACGCAGAGACUGAUAAACGCUCCAUUUCCUCUUUAAGUGACGGAGCUCUGAUAGAGAGUGCCGCUCUCAUCACAUGGCCUCAGGACGUUCCAAAACUGUAGAGGUCAAAGGUUGAAACCUCUCCUUUUAGCUCCUCUUGGUCGAUAAGGACAGCCCCCGCCCCUGCCCCCCGCCCCCACCCAACCCCACCCCGCCCCCCAACCACCACACACAUACACACCUGUAACCCCACCCACCACCCCUUAGUCCUGACACCACUUGUACAGGUGAAUUUAAAAAAAAGUUGCUAAAUGUGAAAUGUUACUAAAGAAAAAAAAACAUAACAGUGGGUUUUAAAGUUUUUGACUAGUUUUAUUAGGUGUUUUAGAAUUGUGUUGAACUCAUCUUUAUCAUUUUUUGUGGAGAAAAGAAAAUCUUAAGAUAUUUUGUUUUUUCACUGUAGCAGGAUUUGCGUUUCAGAGGAACGGUCAUGGGGGUAGAUAUUAUAAUUUUUUUGUGUAUAAACCUGCCAAAUGUACUUCUUUAAUUUGUAAAGCCAGUGAUAAGAGAACCCAUUUUGUUUUGUUGAAUAUCAUAUGUUUUACAAUAUGGUCAUUCUAUUUAAUUUGGUUGCAGGUUUCUCAUCUAUUUAUGAAUGAUAUGAAGUAACAUUUUGGCUUAAUUUCAUCAGGGUGCAUUAUUAUUAUUAUUAUUAUUAUUAUUAUUAUUAUUAUUAUUAUUAUUAUUGCUCAAACAACAUGAUUAUUAGAAUAAUAAAUAUUUUUUCAGAAAUUGUUGUUGGUGCAAUACCAGUGUACCAGCAUUAGAUUCAUUUUGUGUCACAAAUACUUCUUUUGUUUUCUUUUUGUCUGUAAUAAAAUGUUUAAAGUGGA